GAUAGAAAAUAGCACGUCGAAUUUUUUUGAGCAUAUUUUUUUUUAAAAAAGGAUGUGUACGUAAAGGCAGUAUUAUGACGUUGGUGAGUCUAUUUACCCUCUCCUUCAUUGGCUGCCUUACCAAACGGGCGAAUCAGGAGUAUACCUUGAGUUUUCAAGAGAAGAAGUUUUGCUACUUGUCUUUGCUAUUCUAAAACGAAGUUUUGAUUAAAUAACUUACAUUAUUACGAAAUGUACUGUUGCUAAAAUGAUAUUUAUUCUAGAUGGCCAGUAUUUUAUAUAUAUUUUCAAAAAGGGCAACACAUAUCUCGGGUAAUUUUUAACAUGAUAAACAAUAAGCAAAAUAGUGAUCACCAUCAAAAAAAAUUGUGUUGUGUUGGUGAAGUAAGUUUAUUUGUUAUAGUUGUAAUUUAAGUACGUUUUUUCCUCCAGCGUAUGUGGGUUCUCGUGAUCGAUUUGUACACAAAAUGAUCGACAAUGAAUGUUCUAUCAAGCAUAAAAUUCACAUUUUUUUGGUUGUUGUUUGAAUGGUGCUUUUUAUAAACAAAAAUACUUCAUCUUUUUUCCUGAUAACAUGGAAAAAGGAUUAUAUGUAUUAUAGCUGAAUAAAUCUUUACGAAAGUGAAAUAUUUUUAACAUGCAAUUAUUCGUCUACUUUUUUUCGAUUGAAAUAUAUUUCCUUAUAAUAUUUUGCAAACCUACUACUUUACAAAGUGAAGAAUCAUAAAUAAGAUAGGUUUGCGUAAUGUCUGAGAGCACGAAUUCCGUGCUCUCAUCUACAAACUCAGAUAAUAUCACCAAUGAAACAAACUCUGAGAUGUGGGAUCAAAUUGCUCGGAUGCCAUUCGAUCUUCUAUCUAAGACAAACGAAUUCAUAUACAUUGAAAAAGUCAUGCGUUUGAUAUCUAAAUACCGAUUCGAAGCUCAUGAUGAGCAUAUGGCCGAUCCUCAGUACACUGUAAAGUUGGGUGCAUUACUUUUGACGGUCUCAUCGAAAUCCCUAAGACAGAUAGAUUGCCUUCAGGAAGAGGUUGCGCGAAUCAACAAUGAGAAGUUCGAUAUGGAGAAACGCCUUAAGUCUGAAAUAGAGAAACAACAUACCGAGUUAGUAUUUUUGCGUGGAACGGUCCAGAAGUCGAAUUUGGGUGAUUUCAAGAAUCUUCCUACCUCUAAGGAAAAUGCUAGCAAAUCUGGUGAAUUUGGACUUCAUAAUGAACUGACUCGUUUGAAGGACAAAAACACCGCCUUAUUAUUAGAGCUUGACAAUUUCAAGCACGCAAAUGAAGAGUUGCGCCAGUCAUUGCAAGCACAACAAAGUGAAAACACAUCAUUGAAGCAGGAUAAUGCCAAGAUGCAUUUAGAGUAUAAGCAUCUUGUUUCUCGCUAUCGUAGGCUUUUGGAAAAGUUCGAGAGGAAUCAGCAAACUCUUGAGAGAUAUAGAGCAGAUGAUACACAAGGAGGCCGAAAUAAGGACACCGAAUCGGAAAGGUUACGAGAAGAAAUAAAGAUAUUACAGCAGGAAAAUUAUAACUUAAUUGAAUCACGCGACCGAGCCGAGGAGCUUUAUGAACAAAGGGAAUCAGAAGCCCUUCGGGAUAUGACUAAGCUCCGACGUCUAACAAAGGAUCUCAUUGAUGAAGAAAGGAGCAAGUUGCGUGAGGCAACUGACUACUAUAUGGCUUUGAAAAAGGAACAUGACACAAACAUGGAACAUUUAAUUCACCAGCAUGGUGAGGAUCUUCGUGUUAAGGACGAGGAGAUUGCCCUAUUGCAUGAACAACUCAACAAGAUUUCGUCUAAACGAAACAAACAUUUUGAUGAUGUCACUGUUCUCACAACCUCUGAAAAUGAGGACUCGUAUAAUCUUAGAGAUUCAUCUUCUGAAAAGUCUGAGCGACGACGUCUCGAACGUGAAAAUGCGGAUCUCGCCGCCGAGGUCGAGGAGCUCGAGCUACGCAUCGAUGCCAUGGAAGACGAAAAUAAGAGUUUGACAACUCUUAUUAAAGAUUAUGAACGUGGAAACGAAGGUUUACUACAUCUGCGUCAUGAGUUGUCUGACCGCAUGCGUCGCGUGGAAAUACUUGAAGACGAAAAUACUCAACUCCGCGAACGGCUUAAUUAUGCGGAGGAUUCGCUAACUUUUACGGCUGCAUUGGAAGAGCUAUGCAAAAAAGUUGGCGUGACCGAUUCGGAGAUUAAGAGCCUUCGCUCGAAAAACGCUAAGGGUUAUGACGAGAUGGCUACCUUAAGGGAGGAAAUAAAUGUCCUAAAAGAAGAGGUUGAAUGGUUAGAGAAAGAUAGGAGGCACUGGAUGAAUAAGGUACGUCUCCAGCCUCUCAUGGAUACUAAGCUACGCUUGGAGCUUGGUCUUACAGCUGAACAACUUAAACAGUUAGAUGCCUUAGUUGAUCAAAUGAAAUCUACGAAAUCGUUUGUUAAGAUUGGUGAUCUGUCUGGUAAUGAAGAAUUCUCCAAGGAAUCCGAAGCUCGACACACGGAUGCCCAAGAGCUUAAUGAAUAUGUCAUGGCCCAAAUCGAAAGUGCUAUUAAACAUGUCUUCUCAGAUCUCGGUGAUGGAACUAGCUUAGAAUCUGUGGUAUCCAGCUUGAGAAAAUCCGUUGAAGCAUUGAAACUUGUGAGUGUUGAGGAUCCAAACCAGUCCUCCUCCAUUUUCUCCUUAAAAGCAGAAUUGGAGAGCACGAAGCGUCAGGUUGGCGAAUUUGAGCUUACCAUAAAAGAUAACGAAAAUGUGAUCCAAGCACUUCGUGAAAAGCUGGCAGCUGCAGUAGAUGAGAAAGAAGCCUUAAUCAAAGAACGUGAUCAGUACAAGGGCUGUAUGUUCGCGUCUCUUGGUUUGCUUCCUGAUGCAGUGAACAAAUCUACUAUUAAUAACUCUCCUGAUGUGAACGGAAGGGAUUGGCAAAAUGUGCAAAAAGUCGUUGCAGCACAUGGAGACGACACGCAAUGGGCCACUGUUGCAUUAUCGUUGCGCGAUCAGCUAAAAAUGAAGGACGACCUCAUCGAAGCUCUUAAUCACAAACUAAGUCAGGUGGAAGGGAAGCUUGAGGAUAAUCAAAGAGAAAUCGAGACUGAAAAGCAGCUCAACCAGUCUAAUCUACGAAUUCAAGAAAGCUUAAACGACCAAAUUGCCGCAUUGCAGGUAAUGAACGAAGAAUUGAAUGAAAAAAACAUUGAGUUCAAGAAAAUUAAUUCAGAAAUCACUAGCGCCAUGCACCAGAUUGAGAAUGGUGGCAGCAAAGAGCUUCUUCAGAAAGUUGUGCUUCUGCGUCGCCGUGAAGCGAAACUCUUGAGUCGCCUCCGAAAGGCUAUUGCAGCACAAGAGGAUGCAGCGGCAGCGGAAAAGCGUAUGCAAGCCACUAUAGACACGACUUUUAAAGGCUUGCAAGAAGCACUUGAAGGAUCCUCCACUGGUUUUGUCCUGCCACCUUCUUCUGCCUUUCACGACCACGAAAAAAAACAGCUAGAUAUGCUGCAUACGUCCCUCAGAACCCUUCUGCAAGGAAAGCUCUUCCGUGAGGAUAGUCGUUACCUCCUCCACCUUCAGCAAGUAUAUAAUAAUAUUGAAAUCACCAGUGAGAUCUAUAUGCUCCGUGAAAAAAAUCGCGAAAGCACGAGGGUUAUUGAUGCCCUCCAGAGUGAGCUAGAUCAGCUUAAGCUGGAGGUUGAGGUGCAGCGAAACGCUGAUCUUAGCGCGCAGUGUGAAAGGGCAACUGACGAUAGGUGCGAUAAUAAAAAAUACAACGCCGCCGCCGCGUCAAGAUGGGAGUCUGAGUGUAUCAUGUGGCGGCAGAAGUAUGAUCUAUGCUACAAGCGGUUAGAGGCGAAAACGGAAGAAGUAUCGCUUUUGGAAAAGGAUCUUGACACAGUACGUCAAGAAAUGAUAGAGGUCAAGGACAACGUACGGAAUCUUCUCCAAACAGACGACCAUGGGUUUCCAACGUCGCCGUUGGCACUACAAAAUGGGCGAGAAGGGAAUGAGGGUUUGCAAAAGGAAAAGGUGGAAACAGCACCAAAGGUGCCUUGUGAUGCUGAUCAUAUUCAUCAAGUUACAACACCUGAACCCCUAAUGAUCGAAAAAUUGUCCCGCCUCGAACGCGAUAUGGCACGUCUCAAAUCUGUCAAUCUUGGGCUUCUUCAGCACUCUUUAGAUUUGCAAUCGAGCCUUAAGUCCCUUGAGAUCGAGCUAGAGGCAAGUAGGCAGGAAGUUGCUCUCAUCAGAGACGCAAGCAAUACAAAGGUUGUAAGUGACUUCGUGAAUGCUGCCGUUCGUGAGCACGCCGCUUUACGUCGUCAAAGUGAGCUUGCUCUUAUUCAGGUAAAGAAAUUGAAGAUACAGCUCACAGCUACCGAGGCUAAUUACCAUGUUGUUGCCAAUGAAGCCACUUCAUACAAGCUUAGUGCACAUCGUUUGUACCGCAGUUACAUAGAUGAAAUCGUUGCUGUGGUGGACUAUAUACGCUGUCUACAGCGUGCCUAUAAAGGAUCACUAUCACCACACCGGGCCGAGAUCAUGGACAAACGCUUUCGGCUAAUCCUGAAUGAUUUAAACACCGUCUGUGAGAAAAAUAAAUCUCUGUCCACCAAACUAUCUGACAAGAUGAACGAUAUUAAGACACUGGAGGAACAAAUUUCGUUUCUCAGGAUGGAAAAGGAGCCUGGGCGAAGUGAAACUAUUGAGCAUCAGUUCCUGGAGGCUCGAGCAACCAUUCGUAGAGCUAUGUAUCAGUUUACUGAAUGUGAAGAAAAUCUCAAGUUUAGUGAAGCUAAGGCCCAGCGAGUGGAAGCCUAUGCUAAGGAUCUUUCUGAGGAAAUCACGCGGCUGGAGUCCCGCUGUUGGGGCAUGGUGCCUUUCGAGGAGGGUUCUUAUGAAAAGUUGCUUCAUCUACGAGACACAGUAUUUGCCAAAACAGAGACACCACCUUUGGCAAUUCAACCAAUAGAAGCGGUAUUGCCUCAUGGUGGGGCUUCUGAAAUUUGUAAAGCUCACUUUGGUGUGGAUAAUGAUGACAUUGCGAUACGAGAAUACAAAACAGCAAUCCUGAAGCAAAAGGAACUAGCUCGCGAAUGCGCAGGCCUAAGGGAGGAACUUGAAGCAAAGUCUCGUGAAAUACAGUCGCUUUCCUCGAGCUUACAUGACUUACAAGACCACACAAAGCAUUUAGAGAAUAAGACAGCUCUGUAUCAGGGCCAGAUUGAAAGCGAACGUAUCAGGUCGGAGGAAAGGGAAGCACGACUGAGAAAGGCACAUGAAGUGCAGUUGGACGUAGCACGGAAAGCGGCAGAGCGAAAUUGCCAUUGCUUGCGCGAUAUGGUGCAAAGGAAAGAUAAGGAAAUUUACCAGCUUCAGGAGCAACUUCAUGCGGAAAGACAGAAAUAUGCUGAACAGCAGCUUGAGGAAGCAAACCGAUUAGAACGAUUUCAUGAGCGAAUGUUCUCCGAAAACGAGGCCAUGAUCGAGCGCUUCAAGAAUGCGAUACAUGACAAAGCUGAAUUCAGUAGUGAGAGUCAGCAAUUGCGGUCUGAAUUUCAGGGUGCUAAUGACUCCCUCUUUGAGCAGCUGCGUGGCUUAACUAGUGACAAUAUUCGUUUGAAGCGGGAGCUUCAGGACGCUCACGCUGCGAAUGUAGUUCUGGAGUCACAGCUCAACCAGCAAAACCAAGACCUCCAAAAUAUCGCGCAGACAAUGAACAGUGCAGGAUUCAAAAGUUCUAAUUCGACCCUGUGUGCGGAUGGGACCACCGGCGAUAGAGUCCCUAAAUCUCAAUCUUCUGUCCAACCACCUGCAGCGCCUUCAUUCGAUGCAUCGACAGCCCAUCAGCUCACCUCUAGUGCCAUUAAGGGCACGGAUAUUUUAACCGGGAUCAUUAAUAAUCAAGGAGCUAUGAUUGAAAGCUUGCGACAGCGUGAAGCGGCAUUGACAAGCGAACUACAGCGAGAAAAAGAACUUCACAACAAAGCUGACAUAGCGCUUCACAAACUCCAGGCAUAUCAGGUUGAACAAGAGGGCACAAUACGAUUAGCAACUCAGCUGUCUACAGUCACGUCCGACUCCACACUUGUUCAUGAGCUACGUUCUAAUAUAGUUUAUUUGGAACAAGAGCUCCGUAGCGCUAAAGAAGCCCUUAAUCAAGAGAAGGUAUUGUCCAAUCGACUCCAGCUUGAUGUGGAAGACUGGAAGAAGCAUUUAGAAAGCUUACGACUGGAGGUUGAUCAUCAGCAUGCAGAGGUCGAGCGUUCCGAACACUUAGCUGCCCUUAAUCAAGCACUUCAAAAUGAUUUGGGCGUAGUGAAGGAACAAAAUGAGAAACUGAUGACGGCAGUAUCAUUGCUUAAGGAGAAGCUGAUGGGGGAGGCUCGAAGGGAAAGUGAGUCUUCGCACCAGCACCAUCAGGAGCUGGCAUUAGCGCGGCGUAUGGGAGUUAUUCAGAAUGAGUCCAUGGAGCAUAUUAGGAUACUUGAUCACCGGAUCAAAUCGAUUCAGCAAGAGUUGAAUGAGCGUGUUAAUAAGGAGAAGGAGACAUUGACUCGCCAUGAAGAUACACAACGCAUGGUUUAUCAGCUUCAUCAAAAUUUGCGUCAUAAGGAAGCCGAAUUGGUUGACCUGAAGCAUCAAUUUCAUCGUCUGCAGUCUGAAAAAGACCGACAUGCUGUAGAUCGUCAUUCCUCACGAGAGACACGACCGCAGACGCUUUUUCACGAAAAAGGAACUCAAGUUUUAGCCACUGAUGUGGACGUUGGUUCUACAACCCCUGCGCCUUACCCCUGUUCAUCCACAACGGUUCAACCUACAACUGUUGAUACUACGGUAGCGUCAUCUGCAGUGGCUGACCCUACCUCCUCUUCAAGAUCUGCUGAUGCGGAAAUAGCAUAUCAGAAGAAUAUUGUGUCAUCAAUCGCGCGGAAAGCCUCUAAAAUGGAAUUUAGCAACCUCCACAGUAUCUCGGAGCUCCGUAGCCAACUAGCGCGCGCGGAGAAGGACCUAGCUGUUGCGAGAGAACACCUCAUAACUGCCCAAGAAACCAAUCGUCAACUUCGUCAGCAACUUCGAUCUCAUGAAAAAGGCAUGGAGGAGUUAGUGAAGCAACACACAUCUGAGGUGGCUCAACUACGUUCUUUGCUAGCUUCAAAUCGACAUGCAUCCGAGAACAGAAGAGAAACACAUUUGGUAGCUGACUCACAGCAGCGCAUAGCGACACCCAAACCAAUACCAAUACUAGAGGAUAUGACUGAAUCGGUAGAAUUGCAAGCCCGACACCAACAGGAGCAACAACAACGUGAUGUUGUUCUUGACGAGCUUCGCCGGCAAUUGCAGGUAGAUGUUCCAGCACGUGAAAACACACUACAGCGCCACAUUGUCGAACUGAAUACGACCAUCAGCCGUCUUGUGAACAGACUGGCCCAUAUAGAAGGCUCUAGCCCGGAUGAAGUUCGACGCAUCUAUAGUGCGCCAUUUACGGAGGCGGAAAAGAGUGUUGCUACCUUGCAAGAUGAGUUGCUGGAGAAGAAUAACAUUAUUCUGAAUCUACGCUUCACGCAGGAGAGCUUGAAUUUGCAGAUUGACCGCUUGCAGCGCCGCAUAUUGGAAUACAUAGAUGCCGGGGACACUGGAAAGUUUGCUACCAAAUCAAAGAAGCUUCUUCAGGAACAGCUGCUACAGACUCAGAGAACGCACCAGAACCAAAUGGAAGCCAUGGUCGCCACCAUUGAUAAUCUGAAAGUGCUGAUCAAGCACCUCCAGAAUAAAAAUUCCAAGCUCACACUUCAGGCCUCACACAUGGCUAAGUACGACGAGGCCUUGUCCGAGAUGAGACGUCUUCGUAACAGGCUGGGCGCUAUGCAAGAGAAUUUUAUGAAUCUUUUGCAUACAUCUAAUGUAUUAGCACAACCGACUGUCGCUCCUCAUUUAGAUCGACAGCCCGGGCUACGAAAACGAUUAGCUACAGCACAGACGGAGGCAGCAGACCGCCAUGUGCAACUCAAGAUGCUUCAGUCCUCAAUGGAAGACCAAAUGCCCAAUACUCCAGCAAAGGGUGACGUCACUAGGACUCCACCCGAGCCGCAGCGUCCUUCUUCAGUACCUGGAUAUAAGGGAAUUGUGCUUCUUCCAAGGCUUUCCUCUGGGGUUGAAUCGACUAGGAAAAGCAGUUCUGCCUCCAUGGUUUCAGAGUUAGCAGACGAAGGAACAGAUGGCGGUGUCCCCCCCCCGCUCUCACCCGCUCCACUCGUUCACACCUCUGAGAGUAGUGUUAGCAUUCGUCGUGUUGAUGCUCUUCUUGCCAGUCAUGGUGAUAUGGAGCAUCAUCGCAAGUUGAAAAGGGGUAGAGCCCCAAGAAGGGAUCAAAUAUAA